UUGUUGUUUUCGUUACAUUUCAGCCGAUGUAAAUAUUUACAUUUCACUUUGACUAAUAUGACGAAAUGUAGUGCACAUAAGUGUAAAAAUGUUGGAGUACACACCUUCCCUAAAGAUGAGAAACGAAGGAAACAGUGGGAAGCGGCUUUACGUAUAAAAGACUUUAAAGCAGGUAAAACUGCGCGUUUGUGUUCCGCGCAUUUCACUGAAGAGGAUUACUUUGGGCAAAGCAGAUAUACGAACUACAAACCACUGGCAAAGUUUUUAAAAAAGACAGCAGUGCCUACAGUCUUCAACUUUAAUAAGACAAAAAAUGAAAGUCGAUUGCAGUUAAGAAGCCAAAAGAAUCUUCCAGAAGAGUCGGCAGAAAGUGACCCACUAGCAUUACCUAGCAAUAGUAUAGAACUUGAAAGAAAUAAUUUGGUGGAAAUUAAAUGUGAAAAAGAAGCAACUACUAGAAACAGUAGGAAAAUACGGCCAACUCGAGAAUAUGUUUCAGUCUCCACUCAAAUUGAUCAUAGACUUGUCUAUGGAUCUAUAGCUAGGUAUAGAAAUAAUGAUGCCUUUAUAAAAUUCUCUACAGGUUUUGAGUCAUAUAAAAAGUUUUAUUUAGUCUACUCAACUCUCAGCCCGAUGGUGCAUAAAAUUACUUAUGAAAAUAAUUUAGUUAGUCUAAGUACGGAGGACCAGUUUUUCAUGACUAUGAUGAAGUUAUGGCAAAACAAAUGCAAUUAUGAACUCAGUAUGUUUUAUGAUAUCAGUGAAAGCACUGUGUCUAUUAUAUUUCAAACUUGGGUGAACUUUAUUUAUAAGAAUUGGGGUAAAAUAGAUGUUUGGCCCAAAGAUGAAAUGGCUAUUUAUUAUUUGCCAAAAAUAUUUAAACACUUUCAUUUGAAUAUUGAAGUUAUGUCAGGUGGUACACAAAUUAAAGUGGAAAAGAACUCAAAAACUGAUGAAAAAAUAAGUAGCCACAAAGAUGUUAAUACAUCAAGAAUUAUAGUUGGGGAAAUACUUGGUUUAAUAUCAGGACAAUCAAGUGAACAGAAUGAUCUAGUUACCAAGUCCAAAACUGGAAAUCUAGAUGACACAGUAUUGCCAGACAAAAAUAUGCUAAUAAAUACAAGUGAACAUAUUGAAAGAAUAAUAGAAAUAAGUAAAACUUUUAAAAUUUUACAACAUGCCUUGAACCCUGACUUAGUUCCAAUAGCAAGUAAAAUAUUUUUUGUAUGUUUUAUGUGUUGCUAUUUUAGAGAAGGUAAUAUAAGGGAGGAAGAUCAAUAAAACAAUUGUUGAUUCA